AUGGUUAUUGGGACUCGACUAGURCUUAAUGRUUGUUAUCUUCUGCGUGAGUUGCAGAUAGUGAGAGGUUGCAAAGGAUUUCCCCUGGCUGUUAAGGUGAUUGCCCAAUCACUCCGAGGGCAGCCCCUGAGCAUAUGGAAAAGGACAGAGAGGAUUCUAUCAAAAGGUAGUUCAAUCUUUGGUUCUCACAGAGAACUGCAGACUUGUCUUGGGACCAGCUUAGAUUUCAUGGAUCAUACAGUCCGAGAAUGUUUCUUGGAUUUAUGUUCGUUCCCUGAGGACCAAAGARUCCCAGCCUCUGCUCUUUUAGAUAUUUGGGUUGAACUCUACAAGUUAAAUGAUGAAAGUGAUGCAUACAAUAACCUCCUUAAACUUUCAACUCAAAGUCUUGUUACUUUGMUGGAAACCUCAAGGAAMGAURCAGGRGAAAUUGAUGGAAGAUUCAAUGAGUURUUCAUUCUCCAGCAUGAUCUCCUCAGAGACUUGGCUAUCUACYAGAGCCACCAGCAGCAGCAAGACCUAAAACAAAGCAAGAGACUUGUAAUGGAAAGAAGAGAAGAUGGUAUUCCCAGCAGCUGGAWGGAACAAGAGAAUCAACCCCUCAGUGCCCGCCUUGUCUCCAUCAUUACAGGUGAAAUGCAUGCCUCAAGUUGGUGCAGCCUGCAACUUCCUGAAGCCGAGGUUCUAAUUCUGGACUUCUUGGCAAUAAACUAUUCCUUACCUCCAUUCAUGGAGAAAAUGGGAAAGCUGAAGGUGUUGAUCCUUGCAAAUCAUGGGCACCAACAUGCCAAACUCAAUGAWUUGCARGCACUAAGUUACCUAGACCAAUUAAAGAGAAUCAGAUUAGAGAAAAUUUCAGUUCCUCCUUUCCCUAAAGACAUCACAUUCCUUUUGAAGAAUUUGCAGAAGAUAUCAUUGGUUAUGUGUGAGGUCCGCCAAGCUUUGGAAAAUUGUACCACCGACAUCUCCAAUAUGUUGCCGAAYCUCAUUGAGCUUGACAUUGAUUACUGCAAUGAUCUAGUGGAAUUGCCAUCAGGAAUCUGUUGCCUCGUCCACCUACAAAAGCUCAGGAUCACCAACUGUCAUAAUUUAUCCACACUGCCUGAAAAGAUUGGAUAUGUUGCAGAUUUAGAGGUGCUAUGUCUGCAUGCAUGUACCGRACUAUUAGAGUUACCAGACUCAAUUGGGAAACUCCAGAAGUUAAGGCUCCUUGAUUUAUCAGACUGUUUAAGCAUGGAGAAGAUGCCUGGAGGGAUGGGUGAGUUAAGCGGUUUGAGAAAGCUCGACAUGACACGGUGCUCAAGAGUAAGGGAACUACCAUGUUCAGCCAUGAACCUUGAGUGUCUAGAGGUUGUGAUUUGUGAUGAAGAGACAGCCACUCUCUGGGAACCUCU